AUGUCGAAGAACAAACUCGGAUACUCCGAGACUUUCGAUGAAACCUUUGGCACUAUCUUGCCUUCAUAUAUGAUGUACACGUCGACGCUAGGGAUGAAUGCCCACGUCCCGGAAACUUCUGAGGAUGACAAUCUACCACCACCCAAGUACGACGCUGGACACUCGGAUUGUUCCCACAGCGAGCACUCGUCCAACUUGUUGGCAGCCACCGCCUCGACUCCAGCAACAGCGGCCUCCACCACGCGGCCGCCUUCUGAAUUGGCUUUGCAGAGCACUAGUAGCAGCACCAAUGUCGCGGGGAGUGUGGCGGACCUGGGCAAUGCUGCGUUGAUCGUUACUGACGAACACUCAUGGAAGGAAACCAUUUUAGACAAUGUGCACAAGUUGCCAAAUUUCACGUUUGAAGACCACGAAAUCCCAAAAGCGGUCGAGAUCAAGAUCUACUACACAAAGGAGGUUGGCGAAGUUGGCAAGGAGCCAGAAAUGAUUGACCCUUCACUUUACGAGUACAAACAGGGCGAUUUAUUGAACGGGUACAUCACAAUCGAGAACAAGUCCAACUACAUUGUGCCAUUUGAAAUGUUCUACCUUUUGUUUGAAGGAAACUUCAUGAUUGCCGACUCUUCAGAUAGCAAAAACCCCGUGCCGGUUAAGAUCCAGCGGUUCUUGGAGAUGUUUGAUUUUUAUGGCAGUUUUAGCGAGGCCCCUGUGCGCAGGUUUAGAUCGGAGUCUGGAUGCGACUCUCGGCUGCCUUGCAGCUUGAUUGACCCCUUGGACGGCACCCAAUUGUGUUUCACGGUGAGGAAGGAAAUCUUGCCCAACACGACAUACAAGCGGUUUUUCUCUUUUAGAAUCCCCAACAACUUGCUCGAUACUGUUUGUAACGACCAUAACUUGUCGAAACACUUGCAGUUGCCGCCAACCAUGGGGUUGAGUCGAUGGGAGACGGCGCAUUUCCCCGAGAGAGAGCAGGACAAGAUAAAAGAUUUUUCAAUGUUGCAUACUUCAGUCUCUUAUGGCGUGAUGGCGAGAUUCAUUGGACGGAAAUCGACAUGGGAAAAGGCGUUUGGAAAGUUUGAAACUCCAAAAAAGAAGGACUCGACCAAAUUGGUCAACUGCCAAGGUGAUGAAUACAUUAUUUUGAAGGAGUUGACCAACUAUGUUCGUGUCAUUGCCGAAACGGAACAACCUACCGCGAGCGAAAAAUUGAUGAAACAAGUGGAAAACAAGUUGUUGUUUGAAAAUAUGGUGAACCGAUUGGAUGCCAAGAUUGAGCACGGGAAACGGUUGAUGGAGGCGAUUGAGACUAAUCAAUUUGACGACGCUGUAGAAUUGAAUGAGCGGUUGUCUCAGGCCGAGAUUGAUUGUGCCAAGGCGACACAGAGCUAUAAAUGCGAUGUUGAUUCCAUAAGAGAUCUCAAGUCAAAUUUGAAAAAGAUGGAGUAUUACAAGGACGUUGUACCUUUGAUCAAGAGAUCUCUUACGGGGACAAGAAACACGGGGGUGUUGCAAAUGCAAACACCAAAGCAAGAAUACCAUAUCAAUUACAUCCCACCACCAAGAUUCAGAGAAGGCUCUAUUGAAGCUUUGGCUCCGAGCUGGCAUUUGAACAUACCAGUCGAGUUGCUUGCUACAUCUACGGGAGAAAAAACGUUCAAGCCGCCGCUGAUACGUGACGUCACUGCCGAGUUGGUUGUCCACACGAUCCGCUCCAAUAACAAGCCCAUUGCCCUUGAAUUCAACCACGAUUUAGUCUAUAACAAGGCCAAGGAUAACCACAGGGGUUUCUUGGAUCAUGAUGUGUUCAAGCACAACAUCAUCAAGCCGUUCCAGCUGAGAGCAAACGAACUUUUCAACAUCCUUAAAGCUUUGGGUCCGGAGAACUUCAAAAUCGAAAAACUGCUAGUGGACGAUUUGAAAUCCAUCUGCCAGCUUGAGGAGAAAAAAAUGAAUUUGGUUGUCGAGGGCUUGAAGGUGAAUAAUAAGCAUUUCAGCGCUAGAGACCUUGUCUGGAAAGUUAAGCAAACAUUAGCUUCGCCGUCAUCGUCAUCAUCCAUGCAAGCGUCGACAACGAUGGAUGUAUCGUUAGACUUGACCAAAACGUCGUUGAAAGGAUUUGCUUCUGCAAAUUGGAGAUCAUUUGACAGGUUUAAUUUUGUUCCGAAUUUCCAAUCCUGCUACAUGGCUCGGUUCUAUCACAUUAGCUUGAAAAUUACGUUACUGAAUGGUGACUGUUCUAGAGUUAAAGUUCCUCUAUUUAUAGACAAAAUUUAG